AAAGUCUUUAUUACAAUUCAUGUUUUGAUUUUGAAAAUAUGGUUUUAGUUUUAAAGAUUGCUUUUAUAAAAUCAUUGUAUAUUUAGAUAAAUACUUAUUUUUAUUGUUAAAAUAAGAAAUUUUUAACAUACGUUUAAUAUUAAGUAACAUCCUAACUGUUUUUUAACCAAAUAUUCGUCAAAACUAAGAUUAGUUUCCAACACGGGUGGCCAUUCACAAAUACUUACCUUUGCUAUGUAAACUUUCUUAUUUACUUGUGUAGGUAAAUAUCAUCAUGUCGAAACAAACCUACACAAGUUACCCAACAAUUCUGGGAGACAUUCCUGAAUCAGCUAUUCUCUGGUUACUUCUAGUCAUCUUACUAUCCUAAUGACUAUCUAAAUGAAUCUUCAUUUUAUCGUUUACAAAGAAAUAAUCAGAAAUCCAGUUUAAAGCAGCCACGACAGUUCUAGGAACCUUUUGCUUUAAGGUUUUAAAUGAUGAAUCUAUAGAUUACUAGCGGACACUUAAGUGAUGACUGUCUUCACUCUCAUUUAUAGUUCGUGGAAACACGCCCGGUUAAGCUAAUAUGUCUACUUAUUAGAAUUAUUCCUAGUCAAAAGAUAGACUUAAGGAGUCAAUACAUGGCCAAGCAUCUUUUCCUUUAAGAGACCAAGUAUCUAUUCUCUAGAUUACUUAAGGACAGUAAAGUGAUGACUAUCAACUUUCUAGCUAACAAUGGGGAUACUGAAAAGACGACUUUCUUUAGUCUCUUUUACCAAGAGUACUGUUUUUAAUUUUUUUUAAAUUUUCCUAUCUAUUGACUCUUUGUUCAACUGCUGGGCUAAUUCUAUAUUUAUUCUAUAUUAAAGGUAAAAUUUCAGUUAAAAACUUCUACUCGUAAUAAAAUUAGUUAAAAUGUAUUUACUUUUCAUACUUAUUUGCUUUAUCUGCCUUCUUCGUGUCUUUCCUAUAUUUUCUUAUUUUGUUUUAUCAUACAUAUUUAUAAGUAAAAAUAUAAAAACAAAAAUAUUCUACAUUUACGUAGUACCUCUCAUCGGUUUAAAUAUGUACAUAUCAAAAUUAUAACAACAACAGCAAUAAUAGUAAUAAAACAUAUCAGACAAACGUCAUACUGAUUCAUAAUAAUAAUAAUAUGAUUAUAGCAUGUGUAGAUAGAUAUACAAAAUGUUUUUAUUAAUAUGGCCCCAAAUAAUACUGUUAAUGCCAAAAGAAGCUUUUCCGACCAUGGCAUUAAUAAUAGUGACGGCAUUAGAUUUCCCUGCAAUUUCAAUCGUAUACGCAAGCUGAAAUUUCUAAAUAGUAGACUAUCCUUGUCGCACACAAUGCCUAAAUGUAUAUGUCAACCUGGUCAAAAUGGUGCCAAAUGUUGCUUCCGUUUUUCCCUCAAUAUCAAAAAAAUCUUCUUGUCUGUUUGCCUCUAAAACUAACAGCAAUCUAUCCUCAUUAAAACAUUGGUCCAUUCGAACCGGAUUGGAAGUAUACAAAAGGCUCUCUGAGAUUUCCAUAGAUUUCCAUCACACGCUCGCUAAAUCUUCUCCAAACCAAAAGCUCAACAUGCCUAAAACUCCAUCAAAGCGUCCAAUUACAUCCCUCCGUAGAUACAACGUUUACCCUUGCCGCAUCUGUAAGCGUACACAUCCACUUCGAACUUGCCGAAAAUUCCUCGCUAUGUCCAUCGCCGAUCGUCUUAAUGCCGUCCGAGCUAAUAAGUAUUGCAUAAAUUGCUUAGCACAUGACCAUUCACAAAACAGCUGUUUCUCCAAACAUGGUUGUAAGCAUUGUCAUAAGUUCCAUCAUACCUUGUUACAUGUGAACCCUAGACUGGUGAAAGAUCUUAUACCCACUCGAUCUCGUUCGCGAUCCAAAUCACCCAAUCCAGGACCAUCCAACUCCACACGAAGACAAGAGUCGUUAUCCCUUAACUCCGCAAACGAGUCGCCAACACCAUCCACUUCGAAGUCAGCAUCUCUAACGGCGAUACUACGUCAAAACACCAAUAUCUUACUUCCAACAGUACUAGUAAAAAUUGGUACCACUACAUCUCAUGCGCGGUGUUUGUUAGACUCUGGCUCGCAAUUUAGUAGGGUAUCGCGUAAGUUAGUGGAUAAACUCAACUUAACAGCGUAUUCUCUCCACGAGGAGACUAUUUGUCCAUUAGUGCUUAAGUCAAGAUUUGAUUCCUCUUCCCAGAUCGAGGGUACAUUCAGGGUUGACAACAGAAUCUCCUUGCAUACACCAGUCCAGUCACUUCCUGACUCUUACAAAAAGAAUUUUAAAGAUCUAUUCCUCGCGGACUCAAAAUUCUACGAAUCCGCAUCCAUCGAUAUAAUAAUAGGCGUUGAUCUGUAUCCAAAGGUCAUGUGUCAGGGAGUUUUCUCUAGGGUAGGUUUUCCCACCGCCCAAAGCACCAUUUUCGGAUGGACAAUUUUCGGUCCUUGUUCUUUAUAAAUACUGAAAUGCACUUUUAGACAUAUGUAUAUAGCGAAUAACAAAUCGUACUUAAUUGAAUUAAGUUAUUGAAUUCAAAUAAUAAAAACUACUUUGAAUUGUAUCCUAGUUUAAGAUAUAAUAUUGAAAAAAAAAACAAUGAAUUUUGAAUAAAAAUGUGUUUCUCCUUUCCUAAACUAUUAGAAAUAAGAUAAUCUAUU